AUGGGAAGAAGAAGAUCUAAAAGAAAGCCAGCACCUAAAAGAAGGGCAGAUCCCCUGGAUAAACAAUUCAACUGUCCUUUUUGCAACCACGAGAAGUCAUGUGAAGUUAAAAUGUAAGUCCUCUGGUCUUGAGCAGUCAAAACAAACGCACGCAUGGCGUACGUGCUUAAAUAUUUCUUGAAAUUUAACUAAAAACGUUCAAUAUUGUGCUUCUUUAUAUUGCGCUGCGAUGUUCUCGAAGAACUGAAAUUUAUUGCUUGUCAAAGGACUUGAAUUUUUAUUUUUAGCUGCACCGAAAGUAAUUGUGGAAUUGAUUGUAAUUGUUUUUUCAUACAUCCUCUAUUUUACCUUAUUUUACCACUAAGAACACAGUGUUAGCUUACCCUUAAAGAUUAACAUUUGACUGUUUUGGUGUUGUAUUUUCAGGGAUCGGGUUAGAAAUACAGGGCAUAUAUCAUGUCGAGUUUGUUUGGAAGAUUAUCAGACAUCCAUUACAUGUAUCCUUUAGAAAACAAUAGAAGAAGAAGAAAUUAGUACGAAAGGGCUAAUUGAGGACACUGUUGUUAUAUCUUCCUCUAAAGAUGGGAUGGUACAUUGUAUUUUUGAUUUUGUGGAUGGUUAUCUGAGUAACUGUAAGGUCCAGCUGUUUGCAGGACAUAAACAGUGCCUCCACUCCUCUGGUGUUAGGGAGCUUUCAAGAAAUGACGAUGGCAACAGCAACGAGAACAGCAAAAAAAAAAACAAUAGAUUUAUAUUAGCAAAGCAACGACUUCAACUUGUUCGGUCGAAAUGGCUAGAUAUUGGCCUUGUUCUGUUUUGUGAUUACAGUUGUAUGUUGAACUUGACUUCAUCUCGGUCCAUAAAAAUGCCAGAAAAGUACUUAACCAAUAUAUCCAGUUAUCUUAACCUCAGGCUUGGUCAAUAACGCAUAUAUACUGGUGCAGUCCCAAGAGUCAAACCUGGGGUCAGUGUAAUAAAACUUUUACAUGUGUAAUUUACAAGUGUAGCUAUUGUUUUCAGACUCUACAACAAUGGCUGCACUUGUAAAAGUUUUAUUAAAUUAAACAUUUGACUGUUGUGGCCUUUUGUCUUUUGUCUGUCAUUCGCACGAUUUAGAACGAUUUAGCUACUCUGUUGUCCAAUCAGUGCUUAUGACUGGAUUCUGGGCAGAUUUUAUAUCAUCAGUAUGGAAUUUCUGUUGCUGAAUCGCAGACCUUUUUCCUCACGAAACGUCCUCAGUGGUGAGGAGCGAGAAGAAAUGGCUGUUUUCACAGGCUAUUGAAUGAUAUGAAAUGUAGCCCAUUAUGAAAAUGUAUGAUGAUAGAGUUUAUUUAGGCAGCACUUAAAAGGUGUUUGCAAAAUUAGUGGUGGUGAAUGAUAAAGUGUUAAAUUAGCAACGAUCAUUGGUGGCGCGACCCUUGUCUGAAAAUGAGACAUUGAAGCAACAAGUUCAAGACUCUGAGCCUGGUUCAAAGUAAAAGUUUGAGACUUCUAAGAUAUACCAAGAUCAGAUCAGAAGUUUCUAGGUAACAUGUGGCAUCUUUCUGACAUAAUUAUGUGCCACUUAAAAACUGCUUGAUUUCACUUGAACUUUCCUUAACUAGUUGCAGAUCUUUCAGAACCUGUUGAUGUUUACAGUGACUGGAUAGAUGCUUGUGAAAGUGCAAACCAGUAG